GCCACUUCCGGACCCAGACCCCUACAUUGCCCUGGCUUUUCUCACUCCUGGCUGCCAUGGCGGCGCCCAAGGUUUACCGGAAGUACAACAUCGGAAGUGAGCCGUAGCCUCUGCCCUGAAGCGAGAGCGGCGCUGGGAAAGAUGGCGGCAGCGGCGGCGGCGGCGGCGGUGGGCAAUGCGGUUCCUUGCGGGGCUCGGCCUUGCGGGGCCCAGCCCGCCGGGCAGCCCAAGCCCAGGCCGCUGCCGCGCACACUCCUUGCCGCCGGGACGGCGCUCAUAGAGAGCGGCGACGAGCUGGUAGCGGCCGUGUGGCCGUACCGGCGGCUGGCGCUGCUGCGGCGCCUCACGGUGCUGCCGUUCGUGGGGCUGCUCUACCCAGCCUGGCUGGGUGCCGCGGCUGCCGGCUGCUGGGGCUGGGGCAGCAGCUGGACGCAGAUCCCCGAGGCCGCGCUGCUUGUGCUCGCCACCAUCUGCCUCGCGCACGCGCUCACCGUCCUCUCGGGGCAUUGGUCCGUGCACGCGCACUGCGCGCUCACCUGCACCCCGGAGUUCGACCCCAGCAAAGCAACCUUAGUGAAGGUGGUGCCGACUCCCAACAACGGCUCCACUGAGCUCGUAGCCCUGCACCGUGAUGAGGGCGAAGAUGGCCAGGAGGUGCUGUCCUUUGAAUUCCAGAAGAUCAAGUAUUCCUACGAUGCUCUGGAGAAGAAGCGUUUCCUCCCUGUGGCCUUUCCUGUGGGAAACCUGUUCUCAUUCUACCAGAGCAACAGAGGGUUCCAGGAGGACUCGGAGAUCCGUGCAGCCGAGAAGAAGUUUGGGAGCAACAGGGCCGAGAUGGUGGUGCCUGACUUCUCAGAGCUGUUCAAGGAGAGAGCCACCGCGCCCUUCUUUGUGUUCCAGGUGUUCUGCGUGGGACUCUGGUGUCUGGACGAGUACUGGUACUACAGUGUCUUCACACUCUCCAUGCUGGUGGCCUUCGAGGCCUCCCUGGUGCAGCAGCAGAUGCGGAACAUGUCAGAGAUCCGGAAGAUGGGCAACAAGCCCCACAUGAUCCAGGUCUACCGGAGCCGAAAGUGGAGGCCUGUUGCCAGCAAUGAGAUUGUUCCUGGGGACAUCGUCUCAAUCGGCCGCUCCCCACAGGAGAACCUGGUGCCAUGCGACGUGCUGCUGUUGCGGGGCCGCUGCAUCGUGGACGAGGCCAUGCUCACUGGGGAGUCGGUGCCCCAGAUGAAGGAACCCAUCGAAGACCUCAGCCCCAACCGAGUACUGGACCUCCAGGCCGACUCCCGGCUCCACGUCAUCUUCGGGGGCACCAAGGUGGUGCAGCACAUCCCUCCCCAGAAAGCCACCACAGGCCUGAAGCCGGUGGACAGUGGGUGUGUGGCCUACGUCCUGAGGACCGGAUUCAACACAUCCCAGGGCAAGCUGCUGCGCACGAUCCUCUUUGGGGUCAAGAGGGUGACAGCGAACAACCUGGAGACCUUCAUCUUCAUCCUCUUCCUCCUGGUCUUUGCCAUUGCGGCAGCCGCCUACGUAUGGAUCGAAGGUACCAAGGACCCCAGCCGGAACCGCUACAAGCUAUUUCUGGAAUGCACGCUGAUCCUCACUUCUGUCGUGCCCCCCGAGCUGCCCAUUGAGCUGUCUCUGGCCGUCAACACUUCCCUCAUUGCUCUGGCCAAGCUCUACAUGUACUGCACGGAGCCCUUCCGGAUCCCCUUCGCCGGCAAGGUGGAGGUGUGCUGCUUUGACAAGACAGGGACCUUGACCAGCGACAGCCUGGUGGUGCGCGGCGUGGCUGGGCUCCGAGAUGGGAAGGAGGUGACCCCUGUGUCCAACAUCCCCAUAGAAACACACCGGGCUCUGGCCUCAUGCCAUUCCCUCAUGCAGCUGGAUGACGGCACCCUUGUGGGUGACCCGCUUGAGAAAGCCAUGCUGACGGCCGUAGACUGGACACUGACCAAAGAUGAGAAAGUAUUCCCCCGAAGUAUUAAAACUCAGGGGCUGAAAAUUCACCAGCGCUUUCAUUUUGCCAGUGCCCUAAAGCGAAUGUCCGUGCUCGCCUCCUACGAGAAGCUUGGCUCCACUGAUCUGUGCUACAUCGCGGCUGUGAAGGGGGCCCCUGAAACCCUGCACUCCAUGUUCGCCCAGUGCCCACCUGACUACCACCACAUCCACACGGAGAUUUCCCGGGAAGGAGCCCGUGUCCUGGCGCUGGGGUAUAAGGAGCUGGGGCACCUCACUCACCAGCAGGCCCGGGAGCUCAAGCGGGAGGCCCUGGAGUGCAACCUGAAGUUCGUCGGCUUCAUUGUGGUCUCCUGCCCACUCAAGGCUGACUCCAAGGCCGUGAUCCGCGAGAUCCAGAACGCCUCCCAUCGGGUGGUCAUGAUCACAGGUGACAACCCGCUCACUGCCUGCCACGUGGCUCAGGAGCUGCACUUCAUUGAAAAGGCUCACACGCUGAUCCUGCAGCCUCCCACGGAGAAAGGUCGACCGUGUGAGUGGCAUUCCAUCGACGGCAGCAUCGUGCUGCCCCUGGCCCAGGGCUCCCCGAAGGCACUGGCCCUGGAUCACGCACUGUGCCUCACGGGCGAUGGCCUGGCCCACCUGCAGGCCGAGGACCCCCAGCUGCUGCUUCGCCUCAUCCCACACGUGCAAGUGUUCGCCCGAGUGGCCCCCAAACAGAAGGAGUUUGUCAUCACCAGCCUGAAGGAGCUGGGCUACGUGACCCUCAUGUGUGGGGAUGGCACCAACGACGUGGGUGCCCUGAAGCACGCUGAUGUGGGUGUGGCCCUCCUGGCCAAUGCCCCUGAGCGGAUCAUCGAGAGGCGGCGACGGCCCCGGGACAGCCCCGUCCUGAGCAACAGUGGAGUUAGGGCCACCUCCAGGGCAGCCAAGCAGAGGUCGGGGCUCCCACCCUCUGAGGAGCAGCUGGCCUCCCAGCGGGACCGCCUGAGUCAGGUGCUUCGGGACCUCGAGGACGAGAGCAUGCCCAUCGUGAAGCUGGGGGAUGCCAGCAUCGCUGCGCCCUUCACCUCCAAACUCUCUUCCAUCCAGUGCAUUUGCCACGUGAUCAAGCAGGGCCGCUGCACGCUGGUGACCACACUGCAGAUGUUCAAGAUCUUGGCGCUCAAUGCCCUCAUCCUGGCCUACAGCCAGAGUGUCCUAUACUUGGAGGGUGUCAAGUUCAGUGACUUCCAGGCCACACUGCAGGGGCUGCUCCUGGCUGGCUGUUUCCUCUUCAUCUCCCGCUCCAAGCCCCUCAAGACCCUCUCCCGAGAGCGGCCCCUGCCCAACAUCUUCAACUUGUACACCAUCCUCACUGUCAUGCUCCAGUUCUGCGUGCACUUCAUGAGUCUCGUCUACCUGUACAGCGAGGCCCAGGCCCGGAGCCCUGAGAAGCAGGAGCAAUUUGUGGACCUGUACAAAGAAUUUGAGCCAAGCCUAGUCAACAGCACAGUGUACAUCAUGGCCAUGGCCAUGCAGAUGGCCACCUUCGCCAUUAACUACAAGGGCCCACCCUUCAUGGAGAGCCUGCCUGAGAACCGGCCUCUGGUGUGGAGCCUAGCCGUGUCACUCCUGGCCAUCGUGGGCCUGCUCCUUGGUUCCUCACCUGAGUUCAACAGCCAGUUUGGACUCGUGGACAUCCCUGUGGAGUUCAAGCUGGUCAUCGCCCAGGUCCUACUCCUGGACUUCUGCUUGGCACUCCUGGUCGACCGCGUCCUGCAGUUCUUCCUGGGGACCCCAAAGUUGAAAGUGCCUUCCUGAGAUGGCAGUGCUGGCACCUACUGCCCACUCUGCUGCUGCUGGGCAGGAGCCCCGCGAGGGCCCCAGGAGGGAACACUGCCCCCACGGUGAGGCUGACCUGGCCUUGCCCACCAAGACUGAGCUGGGACACCCCCACCCCACCCCCUACGGCUGUCUGAGGCCUGGCUGGCGGAACCAGCCCUGGGCCAGUGUCUUUGGUAAAUAAAGCAGCAUCAGUGAUUUGAA